AAUGUGAGCCUCGGCCAGGAAGACGUCGGCCAAAGGAGCCGCAGAGCUGGACAGAGAAGGAUUUUGCAGCAGAUCCUCCCCAUGCCAGCCAAGAUGGGAGCCAAACACAUCUUCUCCAGGUUGUUCCAAAAUAGUUUCUGGAAAUACCAGCCAGUGGGGAGCAAAGAGGCCGAAGAAGUGACCGAUGAGGAAUCGGAGCCGAAAUUGGCUGAAGAGGAGAAAGAAGUGACCGCUUUGCCUCCCAAAGAAGCUUGCAAGUGCCACGCAGAAGAGCUAGCCCAGAUCUUGCAGGUUGAUUUGCAAAAAGGACUUUCCGACUUCUCGGUGCUUCAGCGCCGGAUCAAACAUGGCUGGAACGAAUUUGUGGUGGAUAAGAAGGAACCAAUAUGGAAAAAAUACCUCGAUCAGUUUAAGAACCCAUUGAUCCUUUUGCUGCUGGCCUCUGCUUUAGUAAGUGUGGUUACUAAAGAGUAUGAAGAUGCCGUGAGUAUUGCAAUGGCUGUCAUUAUUGUGGUCACUGUGGCCUUCAUACAGGAACACCGCUCUGAGAAAUCCCUGGAAGAACUCAAUAAGUUAGUGCCUCCCGAAUGUAACUGCUUGCGGGAAGGGAAACUGCAGCACUUUCUUGCUCGGGAAUUGGUGCCAGGAGAUGUUGUGUGCCUUUCCAUGGGAGACAGGGUUCCUGCAGACUUAAGGCUCAUUGAGGUGACAGAUCUCUUGGUGGACGAGUCCAGUUUUACAGGAGAAGCAGAGCCCUGUAUUAAGAAUGGCAAUAUCUUAGCAGAGCCUGGAGACAUGAUGACCCUCAGCAACGUGGCCUUCAUGGGAACUCUCGUGCGAUACGGUAAAGGGAAAGGCGUUGUUAUUGGAACAGGUGAAAAUUCACAGUUUGGAGAAGUGUUCAAAAUGAUGCAAGAAGAAGAGACCCCCAAGACGCCACUCCAGAAAAACAUGGAUAAACUGGGGAAGCAGCUAACGCUUGCUUCCUUUGGCAUCAUUGGUCUUCUCAUGCUGAUUGGUUGGUUGCAAGGGAAACAUCUUCUGAGCAUGUUCACCAUCGGAGUGAGUUUGGCCGUGGCCGCCAUCCCGGAGGGCCUUCCCAUCGUGGUCACUGUGACCUUAGUGCUGGGUGUCUUGCGAAUGGCCAAGAAGCGCGUCAUUGUGAAGAAGCUGCCCAUCGUGGAAACCCUCGGUUGUUGCAAUGUUAUCUGUUCCGACAAGACGGGCACGUUGACAGCCAACGAAAUGACCGUCACUCAACUUGUUACAUCAGAUGGGUUCAAAGCGGAGGUGAGUGGAGUUGGGUACAAUGGAGAUGGGAAGGUGUGCCUCUUGCCAUCCAGACACAUCAUUAAAGAAUUCUCAAACAUCUCAGUCGGAAAACUGGUGGAGGCUGGCUGUGUUGCCAAUAAUGCCGAGAUCAGGAAGACAACUGUGAUGGGACAGCCAACCGAAGGGGCCCUGAUUGCCUUGGCAAUGAAGAUGGAACUGAGCGACAUAAAGGACACUUAUAUCAGAAGGAAGGAGAUUCCCUUUAGCUCCGAACAGAAGUGGAUGGCCGUGAAAUGCGCACUGAAAAAUCAGGGCCAGGAAGACGUCUACUUUAUGAAGGGGGCCUUGGAGGAAGUGAUGCAGCAUUGUACCAUGUUUAACAGUGGAGGCAUCUCUCUACCAUUGACGCCGCAACAAAGAGCAGUCUAUAUUCAAGAGGAAAAGAGCAUGGGAUCCCUUGGAUUGCGGGUGCUUGCUUUGGCAUCUGGACCGGAGCUUGGCCGCUUAACGUUUCUAGGCCUUGCUGGCAUCAUUGACCCACCAAGACAUGGAGUGAAGGAAGCUGUUCAAGUCCUCAUUAAAUCAGGAGUAUCAGUGAAAAUGAUAACUGGAGAUGCCUUGGAAACAGCACUGGCCAUUGGAAGGAAUAUUGGCCUUUGCAAUGGGAAGAUGAAAGCAAUGUCUGGGGAGAUGCUGGAGAACAUCAGCGAGUCGGCCUUGUCGUCAACGGUCCAAAAUGUUUCCAUCUUCUACCGAACAAGUCCCAAACACAAACUAAAGAUCAUAAAGGCUUUGCAACAGGCAGGAGCCAUUGUGGGAAUGACUGGGGAUGGAGUGAACGAUGCUGUUGCUCUAAAAUCAGCUGACAUUGGGGUCGCAAUGGGGCGGGCAGGAACUGACGUCAGCAAGGAGGCUGCAAGCAUGAUCCUCGUGGAUGAUGACUUCUCAACCAUCAUGAAUGCCAUCGAAGAAGGGAAAGGCAUAUUUUACAACAUUAAAAAUUUUGUUCGCUUUCAGCUCAGCACGAGCAUCUCCGCUCUAAGUUUAAUCGCUCUGUCUACCAUAUUCAAUUUGCCAAAUCCACUCAAUGCCAUGCAGAUCUUGUGGAUCAAUAUUAUAAUGGACGGUCCCCCAGCUCAAAGUUUGGGUGUCGAACCAGUGGACAAGGACGCCAUCAGGCAGCCUCCAAGGAACAUCACGGACACCAUUCUCAGCAAGUCUUUGGUCCUGAAGAUCCUCCUCUCGGCCACUGCCAUCAUCAGCGGAACCAUGUUUGUCUAUUGGAAGGAGAUUCCAGAAAGUGGCAUAACCCCACGGACCACGACAAUGACUUUCACGUGUUUUGUCUUCUUUGACCUCUUCAAUGCCUUGACGUGUCGCUCUCAGACCAAACUGAUAUUAGAAAUCGGCCUUUUCCGGAACCGCAUGUUCUUAUAUUCCGUCCUGGGGUCCAUUCUGGGCCAGAUGGCAGUAAUAUACAUUCCUCCCUUGCAGAGGAUCUUCCAGACAGAGAAUUUGGGUGCUUUGGACUUGUUACUCCUUGUGGCCUUGGCGUCUUCGGUUUUUAUCCUUUCGGAGUUGGCCAAAAUUGGCGAGAGGUAUUGUUGCAGCCAGUCCAAGAAAGACCAUUUCCCAUUGGAAGCUGUGUGACUGCAAGACUAAAUCAAAGCACAGAGAGACUUGUGGCAACUUGAAGACUCACGUGUGCUUUUGUGACUUGCAAACCCACCUUUCGGUGGUCCAUGAAGGCAGGUGUGGUGUUUCAAUGACAUUUUCAAAUCCUGGAAGACUCUUUGAUCCAGAGAAACUAUCUGCAUACAAUGCGAGAUCCAUGAAACAAUCACCAACCAAUGAGAUCUUUUCCCCCUUUCACAGACGGAUCCAUUAAAGCUUUCCAGAAGAGCCAGACUGCUUGUUUCUCGUCUUACAAUGACGUGUUCUACAAAGACAACCGGCCCACAGGAACCACACUGUGAAUCCAUGACACCACCAUCAUCAUUUCGUUUAUUUAUUUAAGUUGCAAUAACACCUUUUGUUAAUAAAACAUGUCUUAAG